AGUCGAGGUGCGAAGUAAAUUGAAAACGAAAUGUGUAGUGAUAAUCAACAACUUGGAUGAAGUACCCGGUACUUCAGCCCAAGCGUUUCACAGUUUAUGUGACGAGUACAACCCAGUGGAAGAAAAAGUUUUGUUUUUGUUCACAUUAAAAGUGGACGAAUUUCCAAAAAAUAAUUAUAAAUUUGUUGAACAAAAACUGAAGGAACUUUGGAGUGAUUUACACGGUGAUAAAUUUUAUCCUUUGUAUACUAGAAUAUCUAUAUUCAUAUUACCAGUGAUGUCAGAAAAUUAAAGUUUAGAGUGUUUAUUGUUUUAUUUGAUAAAACGUUUAAUCAAAAAAUUAAUUAUCGGCGUUUAAACGUGUAGAGUUGAAUCUGUGUGUUAAAAUAUUCACCGUCAAUAAAAUCAACACCUUUUUGCUGUAUCUCAAUAAUAGAUGUGUCAACUAGGCUGUUGAUAAAAUCUCAAUAUCAUUAAUCGAUUUAUUACUAAACCGUUUUUGAAUGAUAUAUCGAUAGUUCGAUUAUGUACUUUCUCAUUUAAAAUUUAAUCUACUAUAUUUUAUUUAUAUUAUAUAAUGUUUUUCCUCUCUUUUUUGCAUAUUAUCUUGAAAAAACACAACUUUGUUUAAAUAAAUACUUUAAUCAGAUAGCUAGUAUCUACUUAACGAGAAAACAUCUCUCUUUUUUUCUCGAUAUAUUAACAAUGUCGAUCUAUCGAGAAUCACUCCGAACUACACCACCAUAAUGAUAGUAGUGAUUUAAAUUUCGCCUACACGUUCAAAUUUCUAUUUUUAAUAUUAAAAAUUUCUCAAAAAUAUAUAUUUUUUUGUUUAACAUAUCAACAAAAAUCAAUCUACCGAGAUAAACUAUUGUUUUGUAAUAACUAGAUACAAUACCAGCGCCUAUGAAAUCGCACCAUCACUAGUUUAUAACAUUCUUAAGUUUCAAUCAUAUUAAAAGAUUAGAAUAAGAUCAUUGUCAACAAGUCUCGCUUGGUUGAUCUCAUUAACAGUGUUUCAUUGCCUUCGAAAGUAAAACGUUAUAGUUUUCCAAUUUUACUAAAAAUAUUUCAAGAAACAUGACUUACGCUGGUCGAGUAAUUAUUUACGGAGGAAGAGGAGCCCUAGGAGCUAAAUGCAUUUCUCAUUUCAAAGCAAAUAAUUUCUGGGUAGCAUCUAUCGAUUUAUCAGAAAACACAGAAGCAGAUUUAAACAUCUUGGUAAAAAAAGAGGAAUCCUUUCAACAACAGGAAUCUUCAAUUUUAUCUCUUGUUAAUUCAUCUUUGAAUGGUUCAAAACUUGAUGGAAUCUUUUGCGUUGCUGGAGGUUGGGCUGGUGGAAACGCAUCAUCAGAUUUAAUCAAGAAUACUGAACUAAUGUGGAGCCAAAGUGUGUGUAGUUCAUUGAUUGCUGCUUCUAUAGCAGCACACCAUUUGAAAGAAAAUGGAAUUAUCCAGUUAACUGGAGCCAAAGCAGCUUUAGAAGGAACUCCAGGUAUGAUUGGUUAUGGUUUGGCCAAAGCUGCAGUACAUCAUUUGACGAAAUCGCUGGGUCAAAAAGACAGUGGUCUUCCGAAUAAUGCAGUGGCUGUUGCUAUUCUGCCAGUGACUUUGGACACACCCAUGAAUAGAAAAUGGAUGCCGAAGGCAGAUUUCUCCACAUGGACUCCUUUGGAAUUCAUUGCAGAUUUGUUUGUCCGAUGGGCAUCUGGUAAAGACAAACCUCUAACGGGUAGUUUACUGAAGUUAGAAACAAAAAAUCAUCAGACUGAUGUGACUCCAAUCUAGAAUUUUAUUUAGAUUAACUACCUGAUUGAACAUGGACCAACGCAAAGCUCUCUGAUAUUAUUUUUAUUUAAGAUUCAAUCUGUAAUCUCGUAAAAACUUGGUUGUUUGAUAUUGUUGUACUGUUUUACAUUUUAUAUAAUUGUUUGAAAUUGUACUUUACAAUUUAUUUUUUAUGAAGUUAUUUUUGAAUAAAAUAUUUUGAUGUUGCA